AUGGCCGCCAAGCAACCGUCUCCGCAGGAAUCCCCUGAGCAGCUACUCGACGUCUUCAAGGCGGCCGCUCUAUCGGUGACGAAACUGUACAAGACAUCGGCGCUGAACGAGUCACGUGCACGGACCGAGGGGUAUCAGGAGUGUCUGGACGAACUGCUUCAGUUUCUGGACAAGGAAAACCUGGGCUUGCGCGACGGGGAAGGGUGGAAGAUACGAGCUUGGGCGACCGAGCGGCUUGACGGACGGGAAGCCAUCAUUCACAACACGGAGAGCGAAGACGAGGUCGACCGAAGCGACCGGACAACCUCUCCCGAGCUCACGCGCACGAGCACCGAACCGCAAGCACAAGCCCAGCGCGCCAGCGAGCCGCCGGCGCCUACCAUCUCGUCGAUACCGGAGGAGCCUGCACGAAUCAUCGUCCCGACGCAGGAGAACUUCACCUUUCAAUCUUCGCACCCCUAUCCCAACAUUGCCACACUCGAUCUGUCCGACACGCAGCACGCGACGAGGAGCUCCAAGGGUCGACUAAACGGGUCCAAAUCCAGCGGCAGGACAGGCGCGCAUCUGGGUCGUGGAGCCGGGUCGAAGCGCCGAUGGGAUUUUGAUGACUUUUUCGGCGGGUGCCUCAACAGCAAAGAUCCCUUCAGCGGCGGCGGCAAGAGGAGUCGCCACGCGUGA